CAUUCUUUUUCUUUCCCUAUCAGUUUCCUGUUGGAAAGUACCGAACCCCAAGGCCGCAAUCUCACUCUCUCUAAAAUUCUCUCUCAUAAUAUUGAUUCGGUUAAAUGCUCGCCGGGAAUCGUCUCCGGCAUGUUUUCCGGUUACGUACCUCGUGAAUUGGAUCUAAUCGCUAUUCUUUCUCCGGUGGAAACGCAUCCUCCGCUUCGUCUUCGCCUCCCACGCAUCUGACCGGGCAGAGCAGUGUCAGAUUCCCACCUGCGAUCUGGAUACCCCUUCAACUCCGCCAAUGAUCAUUUGAGGCUAUUUGGAUUAGUUGAUAGAGAAAUCCAGCUUGGGAGUGAGGGUUCGAUAAAUCUGUUGUCAGUUUGAGGCCUUAUUAGGAACUGUUGAAUGUAGUUUGAUUUUAUAUUGAUCAGAGGUUCGCUAAUUUUGCUGGAGUUGGAAUAGAGGAGUUUUUGUCCCUCGACCAAAUCGUAAUAAUUUUUUCUGAGAAAAUGGGUAGGGGUUUGCUGUUGGAUUGGAAAUAGUUAAACUUAAAAGGGCUGCCAUUUUGGCUGUCUUAGGCUCUUAGCCGGAGAAAGUUUGACAGCAUGGGUUUUGAAGCCCAUGAAACUAAGAAAUUGAAUAUCUCUUGUUCCAAUAGGAUUAAUAAGUCCUCACCUGAUUGUGCUCAUCUGGAGGACAAUGAACAGGGUUUGGAAAUGAGGUCUGGUGGAGAGGAAGAUGGUUGCUAUAAGUUAGGAUCAAAUGAUUCUCUCCUUACCGGUCUACAUAAUGAUGUUGCGUUGACAUGUCUAGCUCGGACUUGUAGAUCAGAUUAUGCUUCCCUGUCGUGCUUAAAUUCAAGGUUCAACUUGUUAGUUAAAAGUGGGUAUUUAUACGAGUUGCGAAGACAUUUGGGAAUUAUUGAGCAUUGGGUUUAUAUGGUAGCUGACCCCCGGGGUUGGGAAGCUUUUGACCCCUUUAGAAAUAAAUGGUUCCGAUUGCCUAAAAUACCAUGUGAUGACUGUUUUAACUAUGCUGAUAAGGAGUCGUUAGCUGUGGGAAGUGAGUUGCUUGUUUUUGGUCGCGAAUUGUUUGAUUUUGCUAUAUGGAAGUACAGUUUAGUUGGGCAUAAUUGGGCCAAGUGUGAUGUUAUGAACCAUCCUCGUUGUUUGUUUGCAUCUGGUAGUCUUGGAUCGAUUGCCAUUGUUGCUGGGGGAAGCGACAAGAAUGGGAAUGUACUAAAGUCUGCUGAGCUUUAUGAUUCUUCAACUGGUAGAUGGGAGAUAUUACCCAACAUGCACUCCCCACGUCGGUUGUGUUCUGGUUUCUUCAUGCAUGGAAAAUUCUAUGUGAUUGGUGGGAUGACCAGUGUCACUGACUCAUUAACUUGUGGGGAGGAGUUUGAUCUAAAGACAAGGAAGUGGAGAAAAAUAGAGGGCAUGUAUCCAAAUGUUAAUAGAGCUGCCCAGGCACCUCCACUUGUAGCAGUUGUUAGGGACCAACUGUUUGCAGUUGAGUAUCUAACCAACAUGGUAAAGAAAUAUGACAUGGAAAAGAACUCGUGGGACGUGUUGGGAAGACUUCCUGUGAGAGCUGAUUCUUCAAAUGGUUGGGGUCUUGCAUUCAGAUCAUGUGGAGAAAGACUUCUCAUUGUGGGAGGUCAAAGGGGUCCAGAAGGUGAAGCUAUUGUUUUGAGUGCUUGGUCUCCUGGAUCAACUAUGAAGGAUGGAACCUUGGACUGGCAGGUCAUUGGGGUAAAGGAGCACUCUGGGGUCUUUGUUUACAACUGUGCCGUUAUGGGUUGUUAAAGAAUGGUGAGGUCUCUGCAUCUGACCUUGCUUUUAGUUUGUGGCACUGUUGGGAAUCCCUAAAUUGAGAAAUUGUGUUGAGGAGGGCAGCAAAAAGUUGGUCUUUUUAUGAGGGGUGCAAUCUAAAUGUGGAACAAAUACAGGGGCAUGGAUGAACAAAAAUGGUGGACAGUGUAAUUUCCAAAAAUUGUAAUGUGUUUGUGUUCUCCCCAUUUCUGUUUGCGUGUAAGGAACAGGCUUUUGGCUAUGCCAAGAGAAAUGGUAUUUUCAGAAAUGUGAGUGCAUGUGAAUGACUGAUAUUUCAAUCCCCACUAUUACAACUAUACCAG